CCUAGCAGAGAGUAAGGCUGCUCUUUUAGUCCACGCUUAUCCGCUGAAUCAUUUGGUUCUCUGCCCCCCUCACUGCUCUGAUUGCUCCGUUCGCCCCAGUCGUUUAAUCGCUCCAACCGCUCUAUCACACAUAUAUUUUGUGUCCUGUGAAGCCUCCAUACCCGGAACCAAUCAGAACUUAAGGAGCCUCUCUCUUGCUCCCAUACAGUCAGAUCGUCUAGCGAACACUGGUUCAUACAUCACAGGCAUUUCAAUUGAUAUCGAACUUUACUACGCCCACUUUUGCGUAGACCAGUUGUACCCAGUUGCCACCGCUCAUUUCUGCCUAGCUCAAUGGUCAACGGUCGAUGCUCAUCUCUUGAGUGACCGGUUGGUAUUGCUCUCAUGUGUGAGCUAUCACUUUGGUUGGAUUGGAGCACCCCUUUGUCUUUAAUUGGCAUCGAAUCUGUCGGCGAGAGAGGAAUGCAUACACCACGCGUCGUCUUUGUUAACAAAAGUUACGAUAGACCCAAGAAAGGAUCAUGCAUAGAGGGCUUUACAAGACCAUGGUGUGUAUACUAUGUACUAUGGCAGUCUAAGGAUUAUUGCACCGUCUUUAUUACCAACACGAUAAAAUGCAUUCAGCUCCCAUAUAUUCACAUCGUGGUCAUUGUUUAUAACAAGAAUCGUCUCUUCCCAGUUCCUAUCAAGCUGUUAAGCAGGUUUUCCACCUCCUAUCUGACAGAGGCCUCUCCGGAAGAUGUUUGCAAUAGCAAAGGGGUCUCUCAACGGUACGACAACGCCAUCAAGUUCAUGGCUGCCGUCGACAUCGUGCCAGGGCUGUCAAGAAGAUUCAGUAUACUCGGACUUUUGUGCAUUUCUGCUCCUUGUAUCAGAAAACUGGGAUCUCAAAAGGAACUGUGCUCAAUAUUUGAAGGACCUCAAGUUCUUCGAUGCUAUCGUAUUGUUGUCCAGAUAUUCCCCUAACUUGUAGUGCAGGUCUCUUUCAGAGGGUAGUGCAGUCGACUUGCAGAGAAAAUUUAUAAACUGCUGUGCUGGAUUGCAAGACAUGCAUGAGAGCAAAGGCUCGAGCAGAUGCAUCUUAGGGA